GACUCUGACAUCUGAUUGGCUGCCACAAUCAUGUGACACGGAAACCCGUCUAAAAUACGCUUGGGCUGGUUUUCAUACAUAAAUUUAAUACCUAAAACGCUCAGAAGUGAAAACAAAGUGCAGGUUUUGUAUUAGUACAGUGGUAUCGCGAUACUUAAAAAAGUAUCGACUCCAAAAUAUCGACCGACGGGUAUCGAAGUAUCGAUACGCCCAUCCCUACUACUUGCUGCCGUCGGAGUCCGCACUGAAACUCAGGAACUUCAUUUACCAAAAAUGGCAGUUUUCCAGCUAAUUUUGAACUGGACUUCGCAGGCGUUUAUGUUUCUGUUCUUUCUAACUUUCAUUGCGUUUCUUGGUUACUACUUAUAUAUUAAAUACAUUCAUAUGAAAUAUGACCACAUACCCGGACCACCAAGAGACAGCUUUUUCUUUGGACAUACACCGACGAUUUUGAGAAUGAUGAAAAAUGGCGAAGUUGCACACGACAAAUUUCUGAAAUGGGCUGAAAUAUAUGGGCCUGUCUUAAGAUUAAAUUUUCUACAUUACGUUUUCAUCACUGUGAGCUGUCCAGAGGCAACCAAGGAAAUCCUGAUGUCCCCAAAAUACCCCAAAGAGAAACUCGUCAGCAAAAGACUCUUCAGCUUGUUUGGUGAAAGGUUCCUAGGUAAUGGCUUGUUAGGGGCACACAACCGCGAGAAGUGGUAUAAACAGCGCCGGAUCAUGGACCCUGCCUUCAGCAGCUUGUAUUUGAGAGGUCUAAUGGGCACCUUCAAUGAGAGGGCAGAGAAUCUGAUGAGUAAACUUGCCGAUAUUGCUAACAGCAAAACAGAGACCAGCAUGCUCCACCUACUCAACUGUGUUACCCUUGAUGUCAUUGCUAAGGUUGCUUUUGGUGUGGACUUAGACCUGCUGAAGACUAGUACACCUUUCCCUAAAGCCAUCGAGACAUGUCUAAAAGGGAUGCUGUACAAUAUCCGAGACAGCUUUUUUCAGUUCAAUCCAAAGAACAGACCAUUCAUUAAAGAAGUGAGGGAAGCGUGCCGCCUGCUGCGCACAACUGGGGCUCAGUGGAUCCAUGAAAGAAAGACUGCCAUGGAAAAUGGCGAUGACGUUCCUAAGGACAUCCUCACACAAAUUAUCAAAUCUGCUGGCCAAGAGAACAGCAUGACUAAAGAAGAUGAGGAGAUCAUGUUGGACAACUUUGUGACAUUCUUCAUUGCUGGACAAGAGACAACAGCUAAUCAACUGGCUUUUUGCAUCAUGGAACUUGCAAGACAUCCUACUAUACUUGAGAAAGCAAGGCAAGAGGUGGAUGAUGUCAUUGGGAUGAAACGAGACAUAAGCUAUGACGACCUGGGUCAGCUGAUCUAUCUCUCACAGGUGCUAAAAGAGACUCUGAGGAUUUACCCGACGGUUCCAGGUGUAACUCGUGAGCUUCCUGAAGACAUGGUCAUCAGUGGUAUCCACAUACCUGGAGGAUGUGUUUGUGCUUUCAGCUCCUAUGCGACUGGCAGAAUGGAGAAAUUCUUCAAGGACCCACUGACAUUUGAUCCUGACAGAUUUCACCCAGAUGCUCCGAAGCCUUAUUACUGCUACUACCCCUUUUCCCUGGGUCCACGCUCCUGUCUGGGACAGAACUUUGCUCAGAUGGAAGCUAAGGUGGUGAUGGCCAAGCUGCUCCAAAGGUUUGACUUCACUCUUGUCCCAGGACAGACAUUUGACAUCCUGGACACUGGCACACUCAGGCCAAAGAGUGGAGUGGUGUGCACUGUCAGUCACAGGAAUGAUAAGAAAUAGAUGGUCAUACAGUACCAUAACAUAAGAACAAACCAUAACUGUCUGUGUGGUGAAAUUGGGUUGUUGAGUUGCUGAAACCAGCUAACCAGCUUACAGCUACAAGUGCAUGAUUAGUUUUAUUUUUUUAUAAUAUUUCUUCAAUCUAUGUAAAGAAAAUAAUAUCACAUUAAAUUCAAUACCCAAUAUAUUCAGUUGACAUGCUGAUUAUGGUAAUGAUGAUUAUUUACUUGUUGGCCAAGUUACAGUAUCAUUAGCUCUUUAAUUUUGCUGAAAUGAACCAUUUAAUUCUGUGUAAUUGCUCUUUUAAUACCACUGAGGCAGUGAACCUUUUAUGCCUUUAAGGCUAAUGAUUUUUACUGAUGCAAAAGUAAUUUGUAUUCUUUGUUACUUUAAUAUACUGAUGAUGAAUUACUAUCUGAUUUCACUCAGACUUUUGCGUACUUUUGGCAAUUACUGACAGCGUACACAGGAGGGCGCUGUUACCUUGCAAAGAAAUCUCUGAAGUACCUGUUAAACUAUCAUCACAGUCAUGUCAGAGUAAUUUGGGGAGUUUGUUAUCAUUUUUGCAAUACAAGAUUGAUAAGAUGUAGUGGAAGCUGAUAUUAGUUUAUUGGGGGUUAUUUUCCAUUUUGA